UCUAUGCGGUGAAAAUGUUAGACCGGGCAUGCACCGGCAUGACUUGUUGUAACGUUACCACAUGACACCAGAAAACCUGCUAAAUACCAACAAUUCCUCCCCUUAAACACACGGAAAUUGGACCACGACAUCACCAGACGCCAGAUUAGCAGUUAGAAACUGUCAGAGAUUUCGAUCGGAUGGAGACACACACACAACAGAACGGCCACACCCCCAAUGGUUGGGACGUCCCACCAGAAGACCACGGGCACAUCCCGAUUAUAGACUUCUCCCCCUACAGUCUGCUGAAGGGAGCUGUGGAUGAGGACCAGCUGCAGCCGCUCGCCUCACGGCUGGUCCAGGCUUUCUCCACCGUGGGAUUCGUUUAUCUGCGCAACCACGGGAUACCCGCAGCUCUGGUAUCCCAGGCAUUUGACUCCUCCAGUAGAUUCUUUGAGCUGCCAGAAGAAGUGAAGACAAAGUACACCUUACCGCUGGAGAAGGCCAUGAGCCAUGGAUGGCUCCAUCUGGAGAGAGAGAGAGUGACGACCAAACGGCCACCAGGAAUCAAAGAAUGCUACGACGUCAGGCCACAGGUCGCCACAGAAAAGAUGUGGCCGAGUGAGGAGGUACCAGAGUUUGAGCAGGCGUCCCUGCAGCUGUAUGACAAAUGUCGUCAGCUCAGUCUCAGAAUAAUAGAGCUCAUGGCCAGGGGACUCAACAUCCAGAAUGUCUCUCACUUCCUGUCGCUGCAUGACAAGAUCGGAACAGCGGCUAACGGCACCAUGAUGCGCAUCCUGCACUACCCCCCUCUCCCAGAGCGGGUCAAGCCGGGUCAGAUCCGCUGUGCUGAACACACCGACUACGGCGAGAUCACCAUCCUGUUCCAGGACUCUGUCGGAGGGUUAGAGGUGCAGAGCUGCGAGGGAAAGUAUGUCCCUGCCCCUCCCAUCCCCAACACUGUGGUGGUCAACAUCGGGGACCUCAUGCAACGCUGGACAGCAGAUAAACUAGCCUCCACGAUGCACCGAGUACUUCUCCCAGAGACUGAAGAAGGACAGAAGAGCCAUCGUCGGUCCAUCGCCUUCUUCGUACAUCCCAACAAAGACACGCUGAUCUCAAGUCUGGACGGGUCCAACAAGUACCCUCCGAUCAAAGCUGGGGACUACCUGGACGAGAGACUAACAUCUACAUACGGGGGCAGCAAGUCUGAAGAAAAAACGGUCAAUUGAGAAAGAAAGAAGCGAAUUGAACUUGUGAUUCAAUGGUUGAAUCAGUGUUCUUGCCAGCCUGAAAAUUUUUUACGUCAUCUCGAUUUUGUGUGGCAGAAUAUUGUGUCGAGCGCAAAAGACGCUGCGAUCCUGGGGAGGGGGGUCCGUGGGCAUGUUCCAUGAAAACUUGACCCUCUGAAACUCUGGCUAUUCCUGCAUUUUGAAGGGGCAAAUUUUGCCGGUAGGCUAAGCGUAGUUUCAUGACAUCUCUUUCCAUAUCU